UCUUUUGAAUCGUUGACAAUGGAGUGCGGGGGAGCCAACUUUGCGAGAAAGAACCCAGAAACAAAAAUUACAGAGUUGGGGUCAGAUGCUACCAACUGUUUCAGCAAAAUCGAAGGUUUCUUGUAAUUGUAGAUGCACGAAAUCAUGGCCGAUAGUGAGCAAAUCGUCUACAUCAGCUGCGUAAAAGAGGUACAGUACUCCUUUGUCAGCCACCUCACUGAAGCCCUCCGCCGAAAAGGCAUAAAUGAUAUGUUCGUCGAUAGCGCGACGAUAUUCUUUCGGAGGAGGUCCAGGCAAAGGUCGAGAGAGCUAGGGUUUCUGUGAUGGUUUUACCCGGAAACCGUACGAUAUGCCUUGACAAGCUUGUGAAGGUUCUCGAUUGCAAGAGGAACGGAAAUCAGGUUGUGGUUCCUGUGCUGUACGGCGUCAGAACAUCAGAUGCUGAAUGGCUCAGCGCGCUGGAUUCGAAAGGCUUCUCAUCAGUCCACAAGUCCAGGAAGGAAUGAAUGGAAUGACUCAAAACUAGUAAAAGAGAUUGUGAGAGAUGUGUAUGAGAAGCUCUUCUCUAUGGGACGAAUUGGAAUCUACUCGAAGCUGCUGGAGAUUGAAAACAUGGUUUGCAAGCUACCUGUGGGCAUCCGCCGUAUUGGAAUUUGGGGUAUGCCUGGCAUAGGCAAGACGACACUUGCUAAAGCGGUAUUUGACCAAAUGUCUGGCGAAUUUGAUGCUUCUUGUUUUCUCGAAAACUAUGAGAAAGUUAUUCAUGAGAAUGGUCUUUAUCGUUUCCUGGAGGAACAACUAUUGAAAGAGAAGCCUGGCUUGCUUAGAGACAAAUUAAACAAUAAGAGGGUUCUUGUUGUUCUUGAUGAUGUGCGCAGUCCUCUGUUAACAGAGUCUUUGCUUGGAGGGUUUGACUGGUUUGGUCCUGGAAGCCUAAUCAUCUUAACCUCCAGAGAUAAACAAGUGUUUCGCCUUUGUGGGGUCAAUCAAAUGUACGAGGUUCAGGGUUUCAAUGAGAAAAACGCUCUUCAAUUAUUCUUUCUUUGUGCGUCUAUAAAAGAUACGACAGAGCAGAAUCUCCUUGAACUGUCAGUGAAAGUGGUUCAAUAUGCUAGUGGAAAUCCGUUAGCUCUAAAUAUUUUUGGCAAAGCGCUCAAGGGUCAUAAAAAGCUGUCAGCAAUGGAGACUGCAUUCGUCAAACUCAAUCGAAGUCCUCCUUUAAAGAUUGUUGAUACAUUUAAGAGCAGCUAUUACACACUAACUGACAGCGAAAAGAACAUUUUUCUAGACAUAGCUGCUUUCUUUCAAGGAGAAAAUGUCGACUAUGUUAUGCAACUGCUUGAUGGGUGUGAUUUCUUUCCACAUGUUGGAAUUGAUGUUCUUGUUGAGAAGUGUCUGGUGACUGUUUCAGAAAACCGCCUGCAGAUGCAUAAUUUGAUCCAGGACGUUGGCCGAGAAAUAAUAAAUAGAGACACAGUACAGAUCGAGAGACGCAGCAGACUCUGGCAACCUUGGAGUAUCAAAUAUUUAUUAGAAGAUAAUGAACACAGAGCAGAUGGAGAACGCAAAACAACUUCCAAACCUGCUCAGGGCACUGAUGAGAUCGAAGGCAUAUUUCUCGACGCAUCAAACAUAAGUUUUAAUAUCAAGCCUGCUGCCUUUGAGAAUAUGUUGAACCUUAGAUUGCUCAAGAUUUACUGUUCCAAUCCUGAAGUCCAUCCUGUAAUCAAUUUUUCAAAAGGCGUUCUCAAUUCUCUUCCUAAUAAACUAAGACUCCUCCACUGGGAGAACUAUUCUCUGCAAUCUUUGCCUCAAAAUUUUGAUCCUAGGCACCUUGUUGAAAUCAACAUGCCGUACAGUAAACUUAAGAAACUUUGGGGAGGAACCAAGAACCUGAAGAUGUUGAGGAAGAUCAGACUUUGCCAUUCCCAGCAUCUAGUUGAUAUCGAAGAUCUGUUAAAAGCUCAGAAUAUUGAGGUAAUUGAUCUCCAAGGUUGUACAAGGCUGCAGAGUUUCCCAGUCACAGAUCAGUUGCUGCAUCUACGAGUUGUAAACCUCUCAGGUUGCACAGAGAUCAAAAAUUUUCCAGAGAUUCCACCAAAUAUUCAGACACUGCACCUCCAGGGGACUGGCAUAAUUGACUUAUCACUUUCCGUUGUUAAGCCAAAUUUCAGAGAGCUUAAGAAUAUUCUAACGGAAAUUCCGGGUCUUUCAGGUGUCUCAAAUCUUGAGCAAAUUGAUCUCGAACCUUUAACAAGUCGGAUGAAAAUCAGCACAUCUAAUCAAGAUCCUUGGAAGCUUAUUUGCUUGGAGCUGAAAGAUUGCUCUCGUUUGCAAAGUCUGCCUAACAUGGUUAAUUUUGAAUUUCUCAAUAUUCUUGAUCUCUCUGGCUGCUCAGGGCUUGAAACUAUCCAGGGUUUCCCACGCAAUCUGAAAGAAUUAUAUCUUGCUGGUACUGCGGUAAGAGAAGUGCCAAAACUUCCUCAAACUCUAGAAGUUCUGAAUGCUCAUGGUUGUGUCACUCUGAAAUCAAUUCAUUUAGACUUCCAGCAACUUCCUAUGCAUUACACGUUCAGUAAUUGUUUUGAUCUAUCUCCACAAGUGGUCAAAGAUUUUUUAGUGAAAGCAGUGGCCAAUGUUAAACAAAUACCAAGAGACCUUCUGCAGGAACUCAACAAAACUCUGGCUUUCAGCUUCUGUGCUCCCUCACAUGCGAAUGAAAAUUCCACGCUUGAUCUGCAGCCAGGAUCUUCUGUAAUGAUGCAACUAGAUCCCUCUUGGAGGAGCAAGCUUGUGGGGUUUUCUAUGCUAGUAGAAGUUUCAUUUUCAGAGGAUUACUAUGAUGCUACGGGUUUUGGCAUUGGUUGCAUUUGCAGAUGGAAAAACGAGGAAGGCCACUUUAACAGACUAGAAAGAACUUUUCAUUUUUGGGGUCCAGGAGAAGCUAUUCCAAAAGUUCAGAACGAUCAUAUAUUUGUCUUCUCUGACGUCAAGGUGUUUCCAAGCACUAGUGAUAUCUUGGCUAAUUUAGUUGUAUUUGAAUUCUUCCCUGUCAACAAGGAGGGGAAGCGUCUAGAUGAUAGUUGCACAGUGACAAGAUGUGGACUCUAUGUAAUUGCUUCUGCAACUGACAAUACAGAGCUUAGGAUGAGUUCAUCAAAUUCUUCCUUAGAUCCAACAGAGUUUUCUGGUAAUGACAUUGAAGAAGUAAUGAGAGUCGCCUAUAAUGAUUUACAAGAGACAGAUAAAGCUUUAUUUCUUUACAUAGCCUGUUUGUUCAAUGAUAAGGAUGUUGAUUUGGUGGUACCACUUAUUUCUACCGUUGACUUGGACAUUAGCUCUGGGCUCAGCGUCUUAGCCAACAUGUCCCUCAUACAUGUAUCUUCCAAUGGACCAAUUGUGAUGCAUUCUUUUCUACGGAAAAUGGGUAAAGAAAUCCUCCGUAAAGAAUCCAUGCUACCUGGUAGCUGGAAAGAUUUUACUCAAGACUUUGAAAAGGUCUUGGUGGCUUCUUCUUCGUCUCGCAAAUGGAAGUAUGAUGUUUUCCCGAGCUUCAUAGGGGAAGAUGUUCGCAGAACCUUCCUCAGUCACCUUCUUCAAGCAUUCGAAAGCAAAAGAAUCAAUAUGUUCAGAGACAAUGAAAUAGACAUAAGCCAGCUUAUAGACCCUGUGACUGUACGAGCAAUAAGAGAGUCGAGGAUCUUGAUUGUCGUGCUCUCGGAAAACUACGCCUCUUCGAGCUGGAACCUGAACAACUUGGUGGAGAUUACAAAGAGCUGCAAAGUGUUUGGUCAAAGAGUUAUACCAAUUUUCUACAAUGUGAAUCCCUCGCAUGUUAGGAAUCAGAUAGGAGAAUUUGGAAACCGAUUUCAAGAAACCUGCAAGAACAAAACAGAGAAUGAGAAACAAGAAUGGUGCCAAGCUUUGUAUGAGGUAGCAAACAAAAUGGGGUACCCUACUAUUGACUGGGAUAACGAAGCAAAGAUGGUGGAAACAAUUGUCGAUGAGGUUUUAAGUGAACUGAAUACUACAACAACAGUAUCAAAGGAUUUUGAUAACUUUGUUGGAAUUAAAGAUCAUAUCUCAAAAAUCAAUACAUUGUUGUGCUUGGAAUCUAAUGAAGUGAGGAUGGUUGGCAUUUGGGGUCCCUCAGGAAUUGGUAAGAGUACCAUCGCAAGAGCCCUAUAUAGCCGACUUGCUUGUCAUUUCCAGCGUAGUAUAUAUGUAGAUAGGGAUUUCAUAUACAAGACGAUGGAAUAUUCGAGAAGAUCCCAACUAGACGACUAUGGUACUAAGUUGUACUUGCAAAAACAAUUUCUAUCUGAAGUUUUAGGCCAGAAGUACAGAGUGAUAUAUCAUCUAGGUAUGGUGAGCGAAAAGCUAAAGGAUCAGAAAGUUCUUAUCAUUCUGGAUGAUGCGUAUGAUCAUGUGCUACUAGAGGCGUUGGUAGGAGAUACUGGAUGGUUUGGUUCAGGGAGCAGAAUUAUUGUUAUUACACAAGACAAAAGACUUUUGCAUGGUUAUGGGAUUGACAAUAUGUACAAGGUGGAUUUACCAUCUAAAAAGCAAGCUCUUUGUUAGGAGAGCAAAAAUCGAAUUGAGAAAA